GCUGUGGUUUCUCUCUCGACUAAAAGCUGAGAACUUUUUUGAGGUUUCUCUCUUGACUAAAAGAUGAAAUCGAAGAAGAUAAUAGUGUCGUCGCCAUCGCCUGUUACAACCCCAAUGUGUGAAAUCCGCCAUCUUUGCUGUUAGAGCCGCUGUUAGGGCUGCAUUGUAUUCGGUGUUCGGCAACAAUCUUCAUAAUCGACACAGUUGACAAUCAAUGGCAUCUAAUGCAUCUACUACAUCUGUUGGAUCAACCGCCAUUGGUGCACAUAAACGUAAUUCAGAUGAUGUUGGUUGGGAAUAUGGUGUCAUCCCAGAUAAAAGCAACAUGGAUAGAUUGAAAUGUACCUUGUGCGGAAAAGUGUUUGGUGGGGGGAUUUAUAGGAUGAAACAACAUAUUGCUCAUGUAACGGGGAAUGUAUCUUCAUGUCCAAAGUCUACAAAAGAUGAUUUGUUUCAAAAUCAUAGCUAGUUGGUGGAGACUAUUUGGUGGCACAACUCCUCAUUUGACAAAGAUUGCAAUGAGGAUUCUUUCUUUAACUAGUAGUUCAUCAGGUUGUGAAAGGAAUUGGAGCACGUUUGAAGGGGUACACACAAAGAAACGAAAUAGAUUGGAGACAAGCAAAUUGAACAAUCUUGUUUAUGUUCAAUUCAAUGCUAAUUUAAUGGAGAAAAACAAAAAGAGAAAAGAUAGAAACAUAGAAGUGCUAUUAUCAAAUCAUUCUCUCUCCGCUCAAGAAUGGAUUGUUGAUUGCGAUGAUUGUGAUGUAGAUGAAGUAGACCCCAAAACGGUUGAUGAAACUCUUGAAACCGAUGUUAGUCAAGCACCCCGAGAAAGUCCAAAAACGAGGGAACUUUUUGAUGAAAAUUUCGAGUUCGAGAGUGAGGAUCAAGUGUUAGAAGAAGACGAAUAUGAGUCGGAUGAGGUUCCAAUAAUGGAAGUAUGUGGUGAAGAUUAGAAGAAAAUUGUUGUGCUUGUUAAAACUUAUUUUAAACUUUUAUGGACUUGUUGGAUAUGAUUUGGUGUGCUUGUUAAACUUAUUAUUAAACUUUUAUGUUUAUUUUGGAUGAUAAAUGGUUGUGUUUGUUAAACUUAUUAAGUUAUUA